CAGCAUUUUCACUUCGGCCGAGCUGCCCCCACCCUUCUGACGACGAUGGCGACUGGACAGUCGUGGAUCGAUGAGCAAGCGGCAGAGUAUGCGGACCUUGUGAAUGACUCGAGCUUCAGCAGCGUUACUGGGUACGUCGAGGACGACCCGACAGAGUACCAGUUGAUUUGGGAAGGCGGGGAUCUCGGUGUCGCGCUCACGACAAACCCUGGCGGCGCAGGCGUCAGUGUGAGUCGCAUUACGGGCAAAGGGUUUCCCCAUGGCAUCAAAAACGUGGUGCCAGGUGAUGUUCUCCUUGCUGUGAAUGAACUCGACACGUUCAACUUGACGUUGGAAGACGUGGUCAAAUACCUUCAAGAAUGUGACUUGCCUGCUACGUUGCGCCUCACGCGCCCAGAGAACGUCACACGCAAUGUGGAAGCCAAAACUCGCCAGUCCCUUUUGCAGAGUAGUCGCCCGUCGGCGUUGCAGCCUCGCAUGUCUGCCUCGGCAUCGCACAAGCCGCAGCGGCAGUCGUUCACCCCACCCACAAUGAUGAACGAAGGCGUGACGAGUCCCACGAAUGCAGGAAAACCCAUGGAUUCCCGUUUAUCUAUGCAGGAACGUGGGUCUGUAAUGAAGAAGAAAGGCAUUGCAUCGUCGAAUGCCCCGCGAGCAUCUACUGCUCACAUGCCACCCCCUCCUCCAGCCGCAAAACCCCAUCAUCACCCACCACAAGCACCACCAACGUUAAAAUCUCAUGACUCAGCUACCGUGCCGCCUCCAGCAGCCCCUCCGAUUCCAGUCACGGUUCCGACGUCGAUCCUCAAGAAAUCCAAGCCCGCCCCCGUCGCCCUUCCACCUCAACCACCCGUUGAGAGCAGCUUCAAUAAGCUCUCGAUUGCAUCCAACGUGUCGGCUGCCCUUGACGCUCGUGGAUCGGUGGACAACCGAACCUCGGCCGCGUCCAACACGUCCAAUGCGACGGCGAUCGCGGUUGAGGACGUUCCAGCGUACCAAGCCCCCGCUGCGUCCGAGGCAGCAACGUCCGCGGGUCCAGCCGCCGCGACGUCGUCGUAUCCACCGAUCGUCAACCGCGAGAACCGCGGCGAAAGCACCGUGUCCGACAUGGCCAUGAUGGACUCGAUGCACGAAGACGACUUGGCGAUUUUGGACGAAGACGGAGAGAACCGCCACAACGGAUCGUUCAACGAACACAAGGUGAUGCUGGUCGAAGAGGAAGAAGAACUCGAGGACAACGACCCGCUGCACCACCACCAUCGCCUCUCUGACUUGGACGAGACCAAGGAAGAGUUUGGCGACGACAGCGACGACGAUGAUAACUAUGCGCCGCUCGUAAUCCCACACACCGUUGCGCCGGCCAUCCCGACCAAAACCACCCAACAGCCCGACGAUCCGCCGCUGAACGUGUAUAUGCCUGGCAUGGGUGGCCGUGACUCGACCAGCCACCGCAGCACGAUCACCAAGACCAAGACGACUGAACCCGCGCAACCGAUGAGCACUGUGCACGAAGCAGCUGCCAAGGGAGACUUGCGCGGCGUGCUCCCGUUUGUCCGCCAGGACAAGAACGGGCCCGAGUGCCUCAUCCGCCGCGAGCCGAACCACGGCCAAACGGCAUUCCACCUGGCCGUCAAGAGCGGGAAUGUGUCGCUCAUCCAGAUGAUGCUCGAUCAAUUUACACACGUCGCGCCGACCGCCGAGCUGCUCAAGAUCGAAGACGACAAGGGCAACACAGCGCUUCACUUUGCCGCGACGAAAACGCCCCACGUUGUGCAUUUGCUGUUGGAAGCUGGUGCUCCCGCCACGACGCGCAACUCGCGUGGGUUGACGCCGCUCAUUAUUGCCGUCAUGACCAACAAGAAGGACGACAUUAUCAUUGUCAACAUGCUGCUCAAGUUUGGCGCCAACCCGAACGACGUGCACGACGCCACGACGAUUAUUCACACGGCUGUCAACCUCAAGCUGCUCAAGGUGGCGGGCGCCCUCGUUCGCGCUGGUGCCAAGCUCGACGUGGAGGACUCGGACGGGAAGACUGUGUUUGAAAAGAUGAACCGGGCGUCGCUCAAGUACCUCUUGUCGCACAUUUACUUUCCACCCACGUUCAUUUCGGAGAAGGAACGGAGCGAGUGCAUGCUGUGCAACAAAAAGUUUGGAUUUGGUCGGCGCAAGUACCAUUGCACGCACUGCGGUCGGCUGUGCUGCGCCGACGACGCGUCCGUCUUUAUUCCGUUUGUCCAGUUCCCACAGGGCUUCCCCGGUCGCAUUCACAAGGGCGCGGGUGUCCUCGACGAGAAGCGUUGUUGCAAGACGUGCUACAACAUUCUCAAGGACCGCGCCGCCGCGGCCGCCGCGCCCAAGCCAGAGAAGGGUUUUAUCGCGCGCGUGAUUGGCAUCGAGUGGGACGAAGUGAACCCAGACAAGCUCCAGCCGAUCCAGUCGGCAGGUCGACGAAGAGGAUAGCAAGUCCGUCUCGAUUGCUCUUGCAAACCGUUCGACACAAAUCUCGGCAUGGCUCGCAGGAUGGUGACAAAUCGACGGCAAGAUCCGUGAGCAAUGUCAUUGUAACGUUGUGCAUGUCCCAUCCAUCGUCGAGUAAUGUGUGCUUCCCUGUUGCUUG